CGCUUCGAGAAAACUCACAGUGAUGGAAGCAACGGCUCAGGCAUUUGUAUUUUUCCUUGCUGGAUUUGAAACUUCAUCAUCGACUGUAAGUUUCGGUCUUUAUGAACUUGCUGCAAAUACUGAAUUACAAGAAAAAUUACAUAAAGAAAUUGAUGACGUAUUAGAAUCUCCUGAAUCUUUCAAUUUUGAUAGUUUAAUGAAUAUGAAAUAUCUCGAUAUGGUUUUCAACGAGACUCUGAGAAAACAUUCGAUAUUACCUGUUUUAAAUCGAAUCUGUGUGAAGGACUAUCAAAUACCAAAUUCCAAUUACUGCAUACCCAAAGGAAUGAGAAUAAUAAUUCCAGUUUCCGGGAUUCAUCACGAUCCAAAAUAUUAUCCUGAUCCAGAGAAAUUCGAUCCAACAAGAUUUAAUAAAGAAAAUAGCGCGGCUAGACAUCCUGGAACUUAUUUACCUUUUGGUAUUGGUCCAAGAUAUUGCAUCGGUAAACGUCUUGGAAUUCUUCAAAGUAAACUUAUAUUAUUUAUUUUAUUAAAUAAUUACAAUUUUUCGGUAUGUGAAAAAACUCCAAAAACUUUGAAAUAUUCACUAAAUUCGUUUGGACAAAAGCCUAAUUACAACAUAUAUCUACGAUUGACUAAGAGAAGUGGUUCGUGUAAAAAAAGUUAUGAAAAAUUCAAAAGUCAUCCAUUUCAUGGACUGUACAUGUUUUUAACGCCAACGUUGAUGGUAAACGAUCCUGAUCUCAUCAAAGACAUCCUAAUUAAGAAUUUUUCACACUUUGUCGAUCGCGGAAUAUAUAGUAACGAAAAAGCCGAUCCAUUAACUGGCAAUUUAUUUCAAAUAUCUGGUGAAAAGUGGAAGAUUAUAAAGGCAAAAUGUAGCGUUCUUUUUACAUCGAGCAAACUUAAACAAUUAUUUCCUAUUUUAACGGACAUCGCUGAUGAAGCAAUCAAUGUUUCCAAUGAAAAUCUUGCCAAUUCCGACAUAUUAGAGCUGAAGGAUUUUUUGGCCAGAAUAUUCACCGAUAUGAUCUCCAGUAUUAUUUUUGGAAUAAAUUCCCACAGCGUGAGGGAUCCAAAUAAUAUAUUUCGUCAAUAUGGCAAAUUAAUAAUAAAAGCUCAGCCUUUAAUUUUAACAUUGGCAAGUUUUACGCCGAAUAUUUUGGAUAUUUUACACAUUCCCUUCAUCGAUCCUAAAGCUUCUAAAUUCCUGAAAAAACUGAUUGAAGAUCUGAUUGAGAAGCGACACCUGGAGAAAGAAAAAAGGUCGGAUUUUCUAAAUCGAUUAAUUGAUCUGAUGGAGACUGACCAGGUAGUGGACAAUGAAGACGAGGAAUCUCUUAUAAACGAUAUAGGUGAAAAAAACGCUUCGAGAAAACUUACAGUGAUGGAAGCAACGGCUCAGGCAUUUGUAUUUUUCCUUGCCGGAUUCCAAAAUACAUCGUCGACUGUUAGUUUCAGUCUUUAUGAACUCGCUGUAAAUCCUGAUAUACAGGAAAAUUUAUACAAUGAAAUUGAUGAAUUUUUGCAAUCAUCCGAGACAUUUAAUUUCGAUAAUUUAAUGAAAUUGAAAUACCUCGAUAUGGUGCUGAAUGAAACUCUGCGAAAACACGCGUUAUUAUCUAUCUUGAAUAGAAUUUGCGUAAAGGACUAUCAAAUACCAAAUUCCAAUUACUGCAUACCCAAAGGAAUGAGAAUAAUAAUUCCAGUUUCCGGGAUUCAUCACGAUCCAAAUUAUUAUCCUGAUCCGGAGAAAUUCGAUCCAACAAGAUUUUCGAAAGAAAAUAGUGCGGAUAGGCAUCCCGCGACUUAUUUAUCAUUUGGUAUUGGUCCAAGAUAUUGCUUUGGUAAACGACUUGGACUCUUUCAAGCAAAACUUAUUUUAGUCAUUUUCUUAUCUCAUUAUAAAUUUUCAUUGUCUGACAAAAUGUCAACGCCUCUGAGAUAUUCAUUAAAUACUUUCGUCCAGACGCCUAACGGCGAGGUUUAUUUACGAAUACAAAAGCGAAACGGAAUUAAUCAUUCGUAGAUUAAGAUUUAAUUUGUUUGGAAUAUUAUAUGAUAAUGAAAUUUUACACAGCAAUGUGAUAUGCAAUAUAGUUGUUUAU